UUUUAAUGGAAGUGCACUGACAUAUAAACAGGAUGUGCAAACACGUUCAAGAACACAACCAAGACUGUUUAACCUUGGGUUGAAUGCGAACUCGUAUUUGAGCCUGUGUAAAAGAGCUACGCUAAGGGUACCUGGUGGAUCACAUGCGCCUAUUUGUGUUUAUAAUGCUAGUGAGGAUGUUUGGGUUUCGGGCUCCAUCAUUAAACAGCAAACCUGGGAAUGGGAAAAUGUUGCCACAGUUUGGAAAUUGAUGAAACCGGUGAAGGACAUGUCAUUUCUUGAUCUCGGUUGCAACAUCGGUGCAUUUACCAUUCCAAUAGCCAAGCUUGGGCGACGGGUUAUAGCAUUUGAUGCCAACAAGGAGAACCUUAAGAUGCUGGCAACGUCACUGCAUCUUGGUGGGCUGGAUCAAAAUGUAACACUUAUAUGGAACGGUAUAUCGAAUGAAACGAAAUAUGUGCAUCUUGUCCCAUCCACAAACAAUGUUGGUGGUACAAAGAUAGAACAAUCGGAUAUGCAAAGCCCUAUAGACAAUGAAAAUAAUAUCAUAACAAUAAAACUAGAUGACAUGCUAACACAACUUGGUUCUGGUCCAUUUUUCAUGAAAAUGGACAUCGAGAGUCAUGAAGCAAUGGCACUUCGGGGCGCUGUGGCAUUCUUCAACGAAAUUGACGUACGCUAUAUAAUGAUGGAAUGGAUGCACUAUAAAGACACGGAAGAUAAAAGUGAGGGCUCGUUCAUAACUGACUUCCUUUUCAAGAAUUCAUUCAUCCCGUGUCGAAUAUCUGACUCAAAAGAACUAGUGAUGGAAGAUGCAUACUCAUCAUGGCCAACUGACAUUUUAUGGAUAAAGAAAUCAUUAUAGUUAUAGUUUGGGUGUUAAACUGAAUAUUUUGAAGUGAUUGUGCGUUUUUAUGAGUUAAU